GUGGACGCUAAAAAAUCCUCGAGUAAUAAGACACGGGAGGGUGAAUUUGCACGCGCUAAAGGAGCUAUGGAGGUUUUAAAAUGUAUAUGCUUGCUCAUCUGCGCAUUUGUCAUCGCUCAAGUCGAGGGGAAAAAGACAUACGCAGACAUGUUCCCUCAUAAGCACGUAGGCAAGUUACCUAUCCCAGGCAAGUUACCUAUCCCGUUCCCCAUCCCGGGAUGGGACCCUGACUCUAUCCCUUGGGACGAUAAACUCUACCCGCCUAUGAAACCAGAACUCCAACGCAAACGCGGACCCGCGCCGACGGUUCGUCUGACGAGUGACAGUCCCGCCAUGAACGGCUCGAGCAUCACUUUCACCGCGGCGAUCGAGCACGCCCCGUGCACGAAGGAGGGCGCCAACGGGGAUCUGCUGAACGACGAGCACUGUGAAGACGGUAUGGAGGCCUCAGCCAAUGGAUCAUGGAUGGAUGACUACGGCUUUGGGAAAUGUACGAACUUAAAGCGCUGUAACGUGUUCCCGGACGGGAAACCUUUUCCUCAGAGCAACGACUGGAGACGCAAGGGCUACGUCUAUGUCUGGCACACCAUGGGUCAGUACUUUGAGACAUGUGAUGGGCAGUCAUCCCACCUGUCCCUGAACACAAGUGGCUGGACGAUGGGCGCCGGCAUCAUGGAGGUUCUGGUGUACAGGAAACGUGAGACCAGGAAGUACGCCCCUAUGGCCACUGACAGCCAUGUCUUCUUCAUCACCGAUAAGAUCCCUAUCGCAGUGAAUAUGACUCAGAAGCUGGCGGUGAACCUCACCGAGAAGAACGUGUUUGUGCGUGGCUCUGAUGUGGUCUUCCAGGUCAACGUCCACGACCCCAGCAACUACCUGAAGAACGCUGCCGCCGUCGACUUCAUCUGGGACUUCCGCGAUGGCAACCAGCUGGUCACCCAUAGCAACGUGGCCACGCAUGCCUACCGUGCCCUCGGCAACGUCACCGUCAAGCUGACCGUGGAGGCUGCGUUCCGCACACCCUGCCCUCCACCCACUCCCACACCCAUGCACAUCACUAUCCCUCCUACUAAAGCUGCUCCUACAGCUCCUCCUGCAACUCAUGCUAUCACUAGUAAGAUGGAGACCACCCCACAAGCUGAAGCAACCACUGCCCCUCCGCCUGCCCCAACUACACCCGCGGUUCCUGUGACGACGGCCUACGUGACUGACCUGCUGCCGACCGACCCGUUUGUGACGGCGGGAGUGACCGGAACACUGCCAUCGAUGGUGAACCCCACGACCGGAGGAUCCACGAUGCCCCCCAUGUUCCACCAGGAACGCUCCAACUCCGACUGCUACCGCUACAUGUAUGGGACAUUUGAGGACGAGCUCAACAUCAUCGAGCCUUUGCCAAACAUGUUGCAGCGUGAUCCCCCUAGCAGGAUUGUAGAAGUGUCUGCUGACAAGGUGACCAACAGCACCGUCAACUUCCUGGUCACAUACCUGGGCAGCGACCCCACCUCGGCGUGCACAGUUGUGUCGGAUGCCACUUGCCACCAGGUGAAGAGCAUCAAGUGUGAUGACGUUCCCAUGGUACCCCUGGGUUGCCAGGUGAUCCUGAGACGCACCUUCCACGAGCCCGGCACCUACUGCGUCAACAUCAUCCUGGAGGACUCCAAGAGCAGAUCUCUGGCAACCACCACCGUGACCAUCGACAAGAGCACCAAUCAGGUGUCCAAGUCCUCCCGCGCCGCUGAGGUGGUUCUGUCCAGCAGUGCCGUUCUGGUGGCCAUCUUUGCCUUCAUCGCAUUCAUGGUGUACAAGCGCUACAAGGUGUACCGGCCUGUGCGGCGAUCCCUGGUGGAGGAUGCGGGAGAACCCCCAAGGGUCGGAGGUCACAUGGAGAGGCUGAAGGCAGCCCUCUUCCCAACCAAUGAGGAACGGAGUCGCCUGCUGACAGACAGGCGCCCCCUGUAAACCACACGCGGGAACAGCACAUGGGAGAGGGAUGAGAGUGUAUGGCAGAGGUUGCCUACUGAGCAGUACAUGGCAUAUACUCAGCAGCAGUGAGUUAGGAUACAUAGCUGUAUUAAUGAAACACACUUGCUGGUUUUCACUUGAGUAAGUAAUAUUGUAUUGAAGCACUUGGGCGAAUCAUGUAUUAAAUAAAUAACAAAUACUUGCUCUGACUGACUCUGGGGGCCUGCUAUACUUUGAACUGUCCCACUAGCAAAAGCUCCUUCCUGUCAGUGAUGCAUUAUGGGUAUGAUAUCAUAUGACAACUUUAGUUAAGUUUUAUACAACAUUACACAUUUCACUGAGUGUACUAUUUCUGCAUGACACCUUUCCGAUAUGAACAUCCAAUUUGCUUAGUUGUUCUGAAGAGUAUUCAAUGGACAGACAUAGUCUAACUGUUGUCAAUAAUAUAAGUGUAACUCAAAACAAAACUGCUUUAACUGGAUAGCAUACACAAUGGGCACAAUGUAUAUGAAUGUGUUUUAGAUACUAUGUUAAGCUGUUCUUAAAUAGGACAGAAUUAGCUUGCCGGCACAUUUAAUACAGCUUACUAGCAUGAGUACAAGACAAUACUAGUAGUCAGACUUUGCUUAUGAUCCUGAAAACUCAGGAAAACCUGGGUGUGGAAGACUAAAAGUGCAUUCUUGUAUUGUUCUGUGGUUGGUGUCUGAACCCAAACCAAGUGUGUGUGUGUGUGACACUGCUGACCACCCAAGAGAAUAUUAGGUCAGCAUUAGCCUUACCCAAACACACUCUUCUCCAAGAAGCAAACCAGCAGAGGGUGAAUGUUUUUCUUUUCUCUUAAAUACUGAAAAAGCUUGUUUUUCCAUAGAUGCUAACAGCACUAAAUACUGUGUUGGUGUGAAGGAAGUCAUUUGGAAGUGAAUUUGUUUUAGUUUGUCUGAUUUGUAACUGCCAGCACACGAGACGUCUCUCUCUCUCCCUCAUGUCAAGCUCCUGUGCAUGCACCACUUUUAUUUUAGCCUCUUUACAAAAAGUUUAAAAUAUUAUUGAAAUAUUGAU